CACACACAGAGAAAGAGAGAGGGAGAGAGAGAGCAGGAGGAGGAGGCGGAAACCUCCAUCUGCCCUGCUCGGUGACCGACCCGUCAUCCUCGGGCUCGGGGAACAGACGGAUCGUCUCCUCGCUGUUGUCAUUUUUUUAAUUUUAACUUUCACAUCUCUGGAUGAGGAAACCGCGGGGAGAUGAUGUGACCACGGGAAAAGCGAGAAGAAAUUUAACACGGAGCAGAUCUUCAGUCUAUAUAUAGGCUAUGCCCCGGACUGCACCACCACCACCACCUGCCCCCCCUGGUGCCGAAAAUGAAGCGUGGGUCGAGUGUGUUGCAGCCUCACUCUGAUGCAGCCAAACGACACGCACACCCUGCAAACACACACACAAAGACACACACAGGCGAUGACGCACAAGCCGCAGGUUCGAGCCCCUUCCCAGCAGCCACCUCUCUGUUCAGCCCUGAUGUCAGCACCAAGAUGGCGUCUGACCUCCUCAUCAGGCUGUCAGAGGCCACCCAGAAGGCCCAGAUGCAUCCUGGGAGCCGAGAGGAAGCGGAGCAGCAGGAUGAGCCAGGCGUCGCUCUCUCACCGGACAGCCCCGGGGCGAGUCCCGAGCCACCGUCCCUCACGCACACGCCUGACGGCAAUACCACUACGGACACGCUAGCUUCAGAUCUGCUCCGGAAGCUAGCAGAGCGUCAGGAAGUGAAUGGCCAUGUGGUAAGACUCAAAGAAGAAGAAGAGCCAAUGGAAGUCGACACAGUAGCCCAGAGUCAAAUAGUAACAGAAGACGUUGCUCUGCCUGCCCCGAAAAAGGUCAAUCAUCACAUCUUCAGUGUUAAAACAGAAGAUCGGGGCCUCACUGGGAACAAGGUGGCUGAGGAGUUGCACCCCAGAGCCAAAAUGGCGGACCGCUGUCUCUUUGGCCUUAAAGUAGAAGGCAAGUUCUGUGCUGAAGGAUGCCCGCCUGUCUCCGCAAUGGCAGACAGUGCAGUCUCUGGAGCCAAACAGUUUCACUUUCAAGUGAACAUGGAGGAUGUCUCUGGAACUAAGAUGUCGGACCACCUUCUAACUGGAGCCAAGAUGGAGGACCAGCUUCUCUUUAAAGCAAAGUUUGCCGAGCGGCCUUUCUCUGGAGUCAAGGUGACCAACAAGUUUCUCUCUGGAGUCAAAACAGAGGACAAGUUUGCUUCAGGGGCCAAGAUGGAGAACCAGGUUUUCUCCGGGGUGAAGAUGGAGGAGCAGCUCUUCUUUGGAGCCAAGAUGGAAGACCAAUUUACCUCUGGAGCCAAGAUGGCUGACCAGUGCCUCAGAGCAGUGCUGUGGCAGGACAUGUCAGUGAACCUGGCGUCCACACUGCUGCAUCAACUGUCAGGAAGAAGCAGCUGUGUGAGCCGACGGGCUGGUGCAGAGAGAGCAGACCGAGACUUUAGGAAACAACAGAUAAGAAACCAGAGGGUCAGUAAGUCCAACAGUCAGCUGGUGGACAGGAUGACUCCACCCAUCAGAAGCAGUCCUGUUUUGAAGGGUAACGACGACCAGCGCCGCUCUUCCCCGGCAGUGAUCAGCUCCCAAACUCCUCCACUUGAAACCCAAACCAGCCUCAGCAGACACCAAACCACAGGUUGCUCUUACUUUUUCAGGUGUCACGUGUGCGGUUUUGAGACCGAAGGACAGGCCCUUUUCCAGAGUCACAUGACCGAACACCGCCAAUGGGAGCACAGAUCCUUCUCGCUGCACUGCUGCGUGUGCGACCACUCGACCAAUCAGGAGGCAGAGAUGAGGGCUCACGUCUGCACGCACAUUCAGGGCGAAGUGAGAUGCCCUGUUACCCUUCCUGCCACAGCCUCCACCUCCAGCAGCGGUGCUCGUUCAGUUGCCACGGCAACCCAGCCGGAGACAAGCACCUCAGAGCAUCGCUGCCGCAUCUGCCAGAGGUCGUUUCCAGGGCAACAGGAGCUGCUGGUUCACUUCCAGGGUCAUCGCCAGGGCAACCAGUACCGCUGCGACCGGUGUGGCCACCUGACCCGGACAGCCAACAAGCUGGUGGAACACGUGCGCGUGCACACGGGGGAGCGACCGUUCACCUGUGACCUCUGCCCCUACAGCGCCAAGCGGCGGGACAGUCUGCGCCUGCACUGCAAGGUCAAACACGCUGCGCACUUCUUCAACGGGGGCGCGACGGACGCACCCGCCGACGUGCAUACGCACCGGUCAUACGUGCAUGCAGACAAUCAGCGCUCGAACAAGCACGUCCAGCGGCUGCACACACCGCCAAGCGCUCACACUGCUGCAUCCUCCUCCUCUGUUCCUCCUCUUCUUCUUCAUCCAUCGCUGUCCGACCGCGCUGGAUGGAGGGAUUUGUCUCCUCUCCUCCCGAUCACGACCCUCAUCUCUCUGAAACAGCGCUCUCCUUCAUCUUCCUCCUCCUCCUCUUCAUCUUUCUCUACCAAACACUCUUUUCUUGGUUACCUCGGCCUGACAACUUCUUUGUAAAGCCUCCCUGCUUUUGGUCCUCCUCUCUUCGUCUCCUUCUCUUCUAAUUUCUCCUCUUCCUCUUCUUCCUUUUCUCUUCUAUCCAUCCUCUGGACUCUUAAAGCGAUGGAUGUAAAGCUCUGUAAUGUAUCCAAGGUACUGUCACUCAGCACUAUGUAUGAGAAUGUCAAACAGCACUGAAAACACACCGAUAAGGAACGUUUUUGAAUUUAUUCAACUUUUGCAUCAUGCUCGUGAUUUUUGCUGCAUUCCUGCCUGCUUUAGCCCGUCAUAUAAUCACUGAACUCUUAGCUAUUUAACCGUGUGACAUAUUUAUUGCCUGUCUCUCUUGUCCUCCAGAAACCUUGAACUUAAAAAGUCGAAUUUUAUUAUAAAUUGUUCUAAUCAGAAACACGAGAUGCUGUGAAGUAAGGGUCAUUUAUUGAGAUGAUGAGAUAAUGUUGAGGGUGAGAUAGUUUGUUUUUCUUUUAAAACACAACGUGUUUUUUAGACAUUUUCUUUAAA